CUCGGCCUCUGGUUCGGCUGCCGCGCCGCCCGGGCGCGCCCGCGGCAUCAGAAAGACGACGCUCAGAGUCUGCUCAAGAAUUUAGAGUCUAAUGUACAGGACCCCUCGGAAACCGGCUCCCUGUCCAGGAGGAGGAGGAGAGAAGCCCAGACGUCGAAGGAGGAGGCUGUGGACGAAUGUGAGCCGGCUUUCAACAGCAACAUCACAGCAUUUGCACUGAAGGCAAAAGUCAUCUAUCCCAUCAAUCAGAAGUUCCGGCCACUGGCCGACGGUUCCUCCAACCCUUCUCUGCACGAAAACUUAAAGCAGGCUGUUUUGCCAAACCAGCCGGUGGAGGCUUCCCCCUCCAGCAGCCUGGGGAGCCUGAGCCAGGCCGACAAGGAGGACUGCAGCUCCUCGUCCAGCAUCCACUCGGCCACCAGCUACGACAGGUUCUUGAGCCGCACCUUCGUCCGGGCCAACAGCUUCCCCGAGGCGCUGAUCUGUGAGAGCGUGGACCUUGACUUGUGUAUGUAUCACCUUCACUUAAAAGAUCUGCUGCGUUUGGACACGGCGCUGAGGCGGGAGGAGCACGUGAUGUUUAUUCAGAUUUUUAAAAUGUGCCUUCUUGAUCUUCUUCCUAAAAAGAAGUCUGAUGAUGAAUUAUACCAGAGGAUUCUUUCGAAACAAGAAAAUGACUUGGAGGAAUUAGAAAAGGGACUUCAGGUCAGACUGUCAGACACGGAAAUGCUGGGGUCUGGUGAUUCUGAAUACAUCACUCUGGCAGAUGUGGAAAAGAAGGAGCGAGAAUACUCUGAGCUGCUAAUAGAUAAUAUGGAAGCUUUCUGGAAACAGAUGGAAGACAUCCAGCACUUUCUUAUGGACCAAUUUAAGUGUUCCAGCUCCAAAGCCCGACAGCUCAUGAUGACGCUCACGGAAAGAAUGAUUGCAGCCGAAGGGUUACUGCGUGAUUCUCAGGAUUUGCAGGCUCUGGACACCCUGGAGAGAACCAUGGGCCGCGCGCACAUGGCGAAGAUGAUCGAGUGCCUGAAGCUCCAAGUCCAGGAGGAGACCAAAUGCCGGCUGGCCGCGCUGUCCCGUGGCCUGGAGCUGCUGACCAUCGAGGGGAAGCUCUCCGGGCAGCAGAAGGAAGAGCUGCUCAGACAGCAGCACAAGGCCUUCUGGGGGGAGGCAGAGCGCUUCAGCAGGGAGUUUGUCCAGCAAGGCAAAGACCUGGUUAAGGCAUCACUGGUUCACCAGGCAGAGGAGACGGCAAAGCUCGCCCUGGCCCAAGAAGAGGAGCAGAGCGGCUUCCUGGCCGAGGCGCAGCUGACCACCGCCCCGGGCGAGUUCCUCCAGAGUUUUCAUGCAGUGCUGGAGAGGCAGAGGCUGACCCGGAGUUACUUGGAGGAGGAGGAGAACCUCAGAAACACCGAGGCCGUGGCUGUGCUCUGCCAGGAGCUCUACCGCGGCACCAUGGAAACGUUCGAGAAGUUUGUGGACGUCCUGUUCCUUCAGACACUCCCGGGCAUGACCGGCCUCUCCCGGGCAGAGUGUGAGUACUUGAGGCAGGAGGUCCAGGAGAACACAGCCCGGCAGCUGGAGCAGUCAGAUCGCUUCCGGAAGCAACAGUGGGAACUCUUCCAAGACCUCCUGGAGCAGGACAAGCAGGUGUGGAUGGAGGAGCAUGCCCUGUCCUCCGUGCUGCAGACACACCUGCAAGAUGACCAUGAGAGCAUCAUCCACCAGGUCUUGGGCCGACUUGGUGGCCUCAGUGAAGAGUCCACAUGGUGCAUCCUGCAGGGGCAUGACCUGCUGCUGCGCUCCGCCCUCCGGAGGCUUGCUCUCCGGGGCAGCGCCAUCACCACCCUGACCCACAUGAGGCUUUCCGGGAAGAAGAGCCUUCUCCAGGAGCUGCGUGAGCAGCACGCCCUUGAGCAGGGCUCCUCCCAGUGUCUCGAUGAACAUCAGUGGCAGCUGCUCAGAGCCUUGGAGGCGCGAGUCGUGGAGGAGGCCAGCAGGCUGGAGGAGGAGGCACAGCAGACGCGGCUGCAGCUCCAGCAGCAGCUCCUGGCCGAGGCCCAGGAGGUCGGGCGGCUCCUGCAGCAGCACGCAGAGCGAGCCAUCGGGCAGGCACUGCUGGGGCAUGCGCGGAACGCAGCCACCAAGAGCCGGGCCAAGGACAGGGAUGACUUCAAGAGGACGCUGAUGGAGGCAGCCGUGGAGAGUGUCUACGUGACCAGCCCCGGGGUCGGCCGGCUCGUGCAUGCGUAUUACCAGCAGAUAGGGAAGGUCAUGCAGGACCAUGAGGAGAGGACACUGCAGCAUCGGAAGACCCUGCAAGGUGAGAGAACGGAGAAUUACAAGCUGCGGACAAAGCAAGGACUUGGGGAGCCCUCAUCAGGGAGCCCAGUGGCGGAUGGAGCUGGCGAAGCCUGCAAGGCGGUCCACCAGAGGCUGGUGGCACAGCAGAAAAAGUUCCUGGCCCAGUUCACUGUGCACCAGCAGACCCGCCUGGAUGCUUGGAAGCAGAAGGCAAGGGCUGUGGAUCAUCUGGGAGCCCAGCUCGAGACCCAGCUGCAGGAAGCUGAGCAGGGUUUCAUCUCUGAGCUGGCGGCCUUGGCCCGGGUGCCCCUGCCCCAAAGCAGACUGUCGCCAAGUAAGCGUGGAUUGUCAGAGAAGCCUGUAAGGACAAGAAGGAAGAAACCCCCACCCCGGGAGAAGGGGGACCCAGGGGGGCCCACCGACGAUGACCCUGCCUCGGGGGCCCACCCCUCGGGAUCACUCAGCAGCAAAAGGCUGAACCAGCAAGAAAAUGAAGCUGGUGACGGCGAGAGUCCCAAGAAGCUACUGAAGGAAAGAAGCCGUUUGUAG